AGAUGUCUCAAAUCACACCAGAUAUCAGAGCCAAGGCCGAGAUCCACCAUGGGCAUGAAGUUUGCCAAGAGAGAUUCAAGGUGUUUCUAGGGGCUGCUGGACUCCCCACUGGUCUCAUCCCCAUCAAAGAAGCAGAAGAAUGUGGGUACGUAGAGGAAACUGGUUUUGUCUGGUUCAUACAGAAGAAGAAAACUCAGCACAAGUUUGAAUCGAUCGGAAAGCUAGUCUCAUUUGCAGCUGAGGUGACAGCGUAUGUUGAACCAAACAGGAUCAAGAAGCUGACUGGUGUCAAGGCCAAGGAGCUCUUGAUUUGGGUCACCUUGGCAGAGAUGAGCCUCGAUGAUCCCAGCACCGGCAAGAUCAUCUUCAAGACUCCGAGCGGUCUGUUCAGGUCCUAUCCCGUCUCUGCUUUCGAGGAAAAUGAAGUCAAGGAAAUCAAAGAAGCAAGGGAAGCCAAGGAAGCCAAUCUUUCAUGUAGUCGGUGCUAAGUAAUAAUGAAACUUGAUGCUUGGUUAAAUGCAUGGUUUCUUGAUGAAUUCUAUGGUAUUAAUGUAUUAGUUCUCUCUAUGUAUGUUUGCUUUUCUGGUUUCCGUUCCGUAGUCUGGGAAAAGGAAAAAGAAGUUGGACCAACAAGUCGAUCGACUUUGGGUGACCUAAACUAUAAUUAAGCAAUUUGGAUGAAUAUGUUCA